AGCACUAGCGGUCUAUCAGCAAACUCGCAGCGCAGAAAUUCGCGCAGCGUAUAUGAACUUAUUGUCGCGGCUGAUGCUGAAACCAUGAUCUUUGGCUCGCUUGAACUGUGGGGAAAAAAAGAACCCUUGCGUUUUACAUGCAAACAGUUCUUAAACUAUAAUGUACAUAUACGUCCUGCAAUACCUGCAAUUUCCACGCUGAUAAGAAGCCAUUCGUCAAUAAGGUCACCAUCUGAAUUUGGUACUAGAAAUGAAGAUACAUACUUAAAUGAGCCCGGCUCGGCAUACCAUUCCCCAUCCGACUCCACUGCAACCAAAACAGGUGUAACUUUGCCGCAUACUCGCGCUGAUGUCUUGUCGAACACCAGUCCUGCAGCCAUGAUACUGGCAAAUUCGGCUCUAGUAGUGACAAGGCAAUUAGAAAUGCUAAAUAUAUUCUUGGGGUUUGAACAAGCAAAUAAAUAUGCAAUCCUUGAUCCAGACGGUCAUAAUGUUGGAUAUAUAGCAGAGCAACAAGCUUCAUUCACAGCUCUGCUUCUCAGACAAGCAUUUAGAACUCAUCGCAGCUUUACAGCUGUUGUGAUGGAUGCAAACGGGAACGUAAUCGUAAAGCUAUGGCGACCGUUUGCAUGGAUAAACUCGCGUUUAUUUGUCAGUACAGCGGAAGGUGAACCAAUAGGAGAGGUGCAACAGCAGUGGCAUCUCUGGCGAAGAUGCUACAAUCUAUUUGUCAAACGACGACAAUUCGCCAAGAUAGAUGGCGGUUUUUGGACUUGGAGUUUCACGUUAGAAGAUGAGCGAAGCGGAGUGUUGGGAAAGGUUGAUCGAAACUUUAGAGGAUUUGGCCGGGAGAUCUUCACAGAUACAGGACAAUAUGUUAUUCGAAUGGACGCAGCUGAAGGACAAGUCAGGGGGAUGACACUUGAUGAGAGAGCAGUAACGUUGGCCGCUGCUGUUUCUAUCGACUUUGACUACUUUUCUCGACAUUCUGGUCAUGGGGGAAUGUUUCCAAUGGGCAUUCCGUUCUUUGGUCAAGAGGAUGAACUUCAGGAGAAUUCUGCUGAAGCAGAAGAAAGUCAGCAUGAAAAUCCUGACGUAAAGGAGCUAGAUGAAUUUAACGAGACUAAUAGCUGGUUUGGGACAUGGGAUGAUGAUGACGGUUUUGAUGAUUGA